AUGUCAGAGACGACUUUCGCUGUUCAGCGCCCAGGUGAUAGUGUGGCUGACACAGGGGUAGCCGCAUCACCAAAAACGUUUGGCUUGGCAAUCAGUGAAGCAUCCACUAGUACACUGGCGAGAUAUGAUAUUGUCGCGGUGCACGGUCUUGGCGGCGAUUCUAAAUACACAUGGGGAAAGCCCUCUGGUGAGGGCUUGUGGCUCAAAGAGGCAUUGUUUCCAAACAUCGAUGUGCGGAUUAUGACAUAUGAUUAUGAUCUAGAUGGCAUUGCAGAAACCAUUUACACCAGGAAAGGGAUUCUUGACGAGGCAUCAAAGCUUUUGGAAAGUCUUCUAGAUUUGAGGAAAUCGGAAGUGUCAGAAAAUGCUGUUAUCGAAGGCGGCUCAGAUGGUGCUCCUGAAUUGGAGGCCACCAGACGUCCUCUUAUUUUUGUUGGACAUAACUUAGGUAUCAUUAUCAUCAAACAGGCCCUCGUUCUUGCUGGCUUUGAUCUUUCAGAUGAUGAAAGUAUUAAAACAUCGACUGUAACCGUGAUCUCUUUUAGUGCACCACAUCGGCAUCAAUCCUUUGAGGAUAUGGAAAAAUCUAUUGCUAAACUGCUCUUGGAGAAUCGCGGGUCGCAUCUAAAGAACUUCAUGGCCGCUGUCAACGGACUUUCCCGAGCAAUUGUUGAUAUUAACAGCUUGUUUAUCUAUUCUAAAGUACUCAUUCAUGUCCGAAUGAUAAACGUCUUCUCCUCGUCCACGGAUCAUGUAUUGCAAGUAUUUGACGAGUUUAUGUCAACGAUGGAUGUUCCCUUUGAACGACGAAUAGGGAUUGAUUGUCCUGAAAAAGAGCUUCCUUGUAGCCCAAAGGAUCACAGCCAGAUUUCUGAAGGUGUUCUUGAUUUCAUUUCGUAUUCUUCGGAUUUUGAUUCUCCUCUUUCUCGUUGUCUGAAAAUUAUGCUAUCACAAGCUUCUCCUGUAUACUCUCCCAGUGUGACCGGCGAUCUCUCGAACUCUGAGGACCUAGCCUGGAUUGCUGGAAACACAAACUUCCAAGAAUGGUUGAGGGCCAAAAAUACGAACAUUCUCCAUAUGCAUGGAAAUUUUGAUGUUUCUCGGUUUACGAAGUUCGUUACAAAGCAACUUGAAUCCUGGAAAGAUGCACCAACCGACACGUCUGUUCUUUAUUUUGAAUUCAGGAAGCAUGACUCACGGUACAACACUUUAAAGUCUAUGUUCUACACGUUCUUGGCACAAUUAAUUAGUCACUAUCGCGAGUGCGGCAAGGGCCUUAACAACAAUCUUGAAAGAUUCCUGAAUUACCAUAGCUGGACCAAUCAACACCUACUAAAUUUCAUAUACUUUCUGCCCAUCACAGAUUCGAUAGACAAUGUGAGGUUCAUUAUCAACGGAAUAGACGGGUGCGGAGAAGAUUGUGGGUGGUUUUUGGCCAAUCUCGCAUUUAUUUCCAAAACUUCUGAAACUCCAUUCAAGGUUAUUGUCACGAGCAAAAACCACCAGCCAAUUCUGUCCAAAUGUUUAACUAUAAAUAUGGAUCAACACAAUUCCAAUCUCACUCCUCAGCUGAAAGCACCAUCUGCAGUAGCAUAUGCAUUAUUACGAUUAUUUCAGGAGCGCCCACAGUAUUGUGGCCUCGAAGCUUCGCUAAGAGAGAUACUUAGUCAAGCUGAUGAAGACUAUGUGUGUCAUUUAAUUUUAGACUGGCUUAGGUUCAAGCCUCAUUCAACAACAAAAACAUGCUUGAAAGAACUUUUGCGAAAUCUGUCGGUUGUCACUCCAGAACAUAUCCUCACAGUAAUCCUGCAUUCAGUGCCUGCAUGGAGACAACCUUGGGCUCAAAAGAUCCUCCAAUGGGUAACCUACUUCCACCAUCCUCUGACAAUUUGGGAGCUUCGGGGGGUUAACGUUAAUCUUGAUGCGGAAGUUUCAGAUCAGGAGGAAUGCACGGUGGAAGAACUUAUGGAAAAGCUUCAUGAGACUUUUGGCGGCAUAUUAGUCGUAGAGAACAACGAAGUCUCAUAUCAUCACCCAUUCAUAAGACACUUCUUUACGACUUUGGCUCCCAUAAACGCAUUGUUUUAUAGCGGGAGCCGAGUAAGAUCUCAUAAGAAUAUUGCAAUAUUCUGCCUUGGUUACUUGUCUUUAAUCGAAUCUCAAAAACGCGCAGCAACGUUCUACCGUAUCGAUCUUCAUGGAGGUCCGCACGUAUGUCCAGUAUCUGAUUUCAGACAUGAUCUUAUUUCAUACGCCACGAUUCAAUGGCCAAAUCAUUGCAAGGUUGCUAUCUCAGAAGAAUUAGAACCAAGUGAUCUACUUGUUGCGGUUGAGACCUUUCUGGGCCAAACAGAGAUCAGGGAUAUUUGGGCGGAGACCUACCACAUUCUGUCACAUCCUAUCAUAAGGCCCAAAGCCCCCCUAUCAACAGCUUUCGUGAUUCUGAGCUUACUAGGACUCAAUACACUUAUUGCUCCGAUGAUUCAUAAAAGCAAAUAUCCACAAGAUCUACAUAAUGAAUACGAUGCGGCCUUGGUCGAAGCAGCGCGUCAUGGUCAUCGGGAUACCCUAGAAACCCUUUUAAACAGCUUCAGCCCAACCAAGCGUACACUUGAACUGUCAAUUCGUUCAGCGGACUACCGCGUCUUAUUCACUCUUCUUAAAUGUGCCUCUAGUCUAUCUGACAAAUACGAUUAUUCUACCGAACUUUCGUGCAGAGCGGCUUGGCUCGGGCUAGACGAUGCUGUAGAAUUUCUCAUCGGAAAAAAUCUCAAUUGGUCAUCAAAAGGAACCCCUCCAUUAGAUAUAGCGUGUUCCAUUGGAAGCCUCGAGUCGGUGAAGUUACUUUUAGAGGCUAAUGCAGAUAUCGACUGUAGAGACGAUCUUGGCUGGUCUGUGCUCCAAACCGCAGCCUACUUUGGCCAUCAUGAAAUUGUCCGGGAGCUUUCGAGUAUGGGGGCUGACAAAAGUUACACGGGUGACGAAGAGCAGCCCUUAAGCAUAGCAUUGAAACACGACUUUUCCAAUUGCUGUCGUGCGCUUGUGGAAGCUGGGGCUCCUACCACAGCUUCAGAAGGCUCUCGCCCUCCAUUGUGGUUUAGCGUUGACUAUUUAAAUAAAGAAAUAUGUGAGCUCUUGCUCAAACAUGGAGCAGAUCCGAAUUGGAAAGCUGGGUCGGAUCAUGCACCAAUUUUGACUAGAGCUGUUCAGCGUGGUGGGAAUGUUGAGUUGGUGAAAUUGCUCUUGGACAACGGGGCCGAUAUCAAUGUGAUAGACGAGUCCUCCGAGUUGAAGAACUCUGUCAUUUCAACGGCUGCAGAGUUUGGUUGGACCGAAGUCGUAAAGCUCCUUGCUGAAAGAAAUGCGGACGUCAACGUUUCAGGAGACGAGGGCGUCACCCCAAUUUAUUUCGCAGCCCGCCACAACAAGCCGGAAACUGUUCAACUACUGAUGGAUUUAGGGGCAAACCUUGAAAUGAAUGAAAAGUUGAAUGACGGGUGGGGCCCCUUGCACAUCGCAUUCGACUUUGUUGAAGUUGUGCGUAUUCUCCUACAAAAUGGUGCUGACAUUACUCGAACUUCCUCUGGUGGAAACAUACUUUUCCUCGCCAGCAGAAACAAUCACAUUGAUGUCGUAAGAGUUUGUCUGCAAUAUAAGCCGGACGUGAAUAUCGGAUAUCAUCAAACUGCAGCCAGAUCCCACGAGGGCGCUACAGCUUUGACGGCUGCAAUUUGCGGAGGACACACCGAAAUUGUAAGGCUAUUACUUGAGGCUGGCGCAAAUCUCAAUCAGCGAGGUUACUUGAAUAAAUACCCUUUGCAAUAUGCAUUUACGAACGAGGCUUCCUCUGACGGGCCUUUGCGAGCUUUACUUGAAUAUCGUCCUGACCUGGAUCUCGUUGACGAUGAUGGGAAUACUGCGCUGCAUUAUUUAAGAGGAAGAACUCCCUUGGCCUGA